GAUACGAAGAAGCUACACGUCGCUAGCAGGUGCAUGUAAACGCAAAAUAGAGAGGCAAACCCGCACAUUCAACAGGGGAGAUGGUAAACAAAUGCUGUUUUCCUUUUCGUAGUGAACAAGACGCCUCCGUCAGCAGUCAUAACCGUCUGUUUUGAGUAGAAUAAUGUUUCGUCUCUGCAGAAAGUGGACUAUUGGCUGAUCUCCCUCCCCAGAGUGGCUGCUGUCUCUUCAUAUAAACACCAUUGACUCCACUGCUCAACAAUAUGUCAGGUAGCUACACGCCAGCCCCUGGGGGGCCCUUUUCUGCUCUUACCCCCAGCAUGUGGCCCCAGGACAUUUUGGCAAAGUACCAUCAGAAAGACCCCUCGGUGGAAUCCGAACUCAUGUAUGACGAAUUUGGCUUCAGGAUGGACAGUGAAGACGGUGAGGAGCCAAGGUCUUGGCUGGGCAGUGAAGGGUCACCACAGCGUGAGGACCCCCAGCAACGUUUGCGCUGGCAGGCCCACCUGGAGUUCACUCACAACCAUGCAGUGGGCGACCUAACAUGGGAGCUUAUUGCACCUGUCCUUCCACGCUCGGAGCGCUUGCGCUCUCUGGUGCUGGGUGGGAUACCUCACAGCAUGAGGCCACAGUUAUGGAUGCGUCUGUCUGGGGCACUGCAGAAGAAGAGAGCGUCCGAGAUCUCUUACAGAGAAAUCAUUAAGAACAGCUCCAAUGAUGACACCACCACAGCUAAACAAAUAGAGAAGGACCUUUUGCGGACUAUGCCGUCCAAUGCAUGUUUCAGUAAUUUGACCAGUGUCGGUGUGCCCAGGCUGAGGCGGGUCCUGAGAGGCUUGGCUUGGCUCUACCCAGACAUAGGAUACUGUCAGGGCACUGGCAUGGUGGUUUCCUGCCUCCUGCUUUUUCUGGAGGAGGAGGAUGUGCUGUGGAUGAUGUGCUCCCUGAUCGAAGACCUUCUGCCUCCUUCCUACUUCUCUUCCACCCUGUUGGGUGUGCAGACCGACCAGAGGGUGCUCCGUCAGCUCAUUGUCCAGUACCUGCCUGCCCUUGACCGCCUUCUGCAGGAGCAUGACAUUGAAUUGUCACUGAUCACACUGCACUGGUUCUUAACAUCAUUUGCCAGUGUGGUGGACAUCCGCCUGCUGCUGAGGAUCUGGGACCUGCUCUUCUAUCAGGGUUCUUUAGUGCUCUUCCAGGUCACACUGGGCAUGCUCAAGAUAAAGGAGGAGGAGCUGGUGUCAUCAGAGAACUCAGCUUCCAUCUUCAAUACGCUGUCAGACCUGCCUAGCCAGCUUAGAGAUGGGCCAGCAGUUCUGGGAGAGGCCAUGAGGCUAGCAGGGACACUGUCACAGGAAACACUGGAGGCCCACCGACACAAGCACUUGGCCUACAUCCUCAAUGAGCAGGCACAGCUCAACAAUGGAAACAAUGGGACUCUCAAUGCCAACCUCAACAAGGUGGUGAGGAGGCAGUCACUGCGCAGGAAGUCCACCCUCAGUUCCCUGCUGUUUGGGGAGGAUGAGGCAGAGGCCCUCAAGUCCAAGAACAUCAAGCAGACAGAGCUGGUUGCUGCUCUGAGGGAAGCCAUUGCUCGCACUGCAGAGCACUUCCACUGUCUGGACCCGCAUCACUCCAGCACCGACCUGACUCCUGAUUACUCCAUGGAGAGCCACCAGCGGGACCAUGAGAACUUCCUGGUGGUGUCCCGCAACCGCCGAAGACGGGCCAAAGCCUUGUUGGACUUUGAGCGACAUGAUGACGAUGAACUGGGCUUCAGAAAGAAUGACAUCAUCACUAUCAUUUCACAGAAGGAUGAGCACUGCUGGGUGGGAGAGCUCAAUGGCCUUAGGGGUUGGUUUCCAGCAAAGUUUGUGGAAAUCCUGGAUGAAAGAAGCAAAGAGUACUCAUUAGCAGGUGAUGACUCUGUGACGGAGGCAGUGACGGACUUGGCCAGAGGGACCCUGUGUCCGGCCCUGAAGGCCAUCUUCCAGCAUGGUCUCAAGAAACCUUCAAUACUAGGGGGGCCCUGUCACCCUUGGCUAUUCAUAGAGGAGGCGGCUAGUAGAGAGGUAGAGAGGGACUUCAACUCUGUCUACUCCAGACUGGUGCUGUGUAAAACCUACAGAUUAGAUGAAGAUGGGAAAGUACUAACACCAGAGGAGCUGCUAUAUAGAGCGGUGCAGUCAGUCAACAUGAGCCACGACACAGCACAUGCCCAGAUGGACGUCAAGUUCAGGUCCCUUGUCUGCGUUGGCCUCAAUGAGCAGGUGCUCCACCUGUGGCUGGAGGUGCUCUGCUCCAGCAUGGCUGCUGUAGAGAAGUGGUACCAUCCAUGGUCCUUCCUUCGAAGCCCCGGCUGGGUCCAGAUCAAGUGUGAACUCAGGGUCCUCUCAAAGUUUGCCUUCAGUCUCUCUCAAGAUUGUGAGCUGCCUGACAAAAAAGAGAGUUGCCCUGUUUUGAAAUCAGAAGUUGUGGAUGUGUUGGUUCAGCAUCAUCUCUUUAGUUGGGAUCUCUAGGAGAAGGAGCAGAGGCCACUGAAAGAGGGAGUGCAAGACAUGCUGGUGAAGCAUCACCUGUUCAGCUGGGACAUUGACGGCUAGACACACACAUUGCAGAACAUGGCUGCAUCCCAACGCGUUCUUGUGUGCGUGUCUAUGUAUGUGUGUGUAUGUGUAUAUUUGAUCCGUCUAGCUGUCGCUUAUGGACUGCUAUCGUACAUUUGAAUGCAUUACCUCCAACUGUCGGUGUCUGCAUCCCAGUUCUGAGGUACGGCACGCACUCCUUCACCAUUUCACUGCAUCAUGUGAUUUGCCAAACUCACCUCGAAAAGACAUUAUCUUUUGCUGAAUUGCUGGCUGUGAAUGAAUUGUGUCACAUCAAUCAGUACACUAAGUUCAUUUAAUUAAUCGAAGGUCUACAUGUUAUGCCACAAACAUUUACCAUUGGACAGUGGUGAUGUAGACAUCAAAACUGCAAUACCUCUGAAACACUCAUGUCUUUGAAAAGUUCUAUUUGUUUGUAUGGGCUGACGCAUGUGUGCAUGCUUGUGCAUACUUGUGCAUACUUCACAAAUUUGUUUUGCUUAGACCUAGAGUUUGAGUUUUCACUGUAGGGUGAACACUACAACAUUUUUAAUAACACUCCUCAUGUACAGAACAUUGUCUGUACCAUAGGAGGUGGGCACUCAGUGUGCUAUAUUGAGUAUUUCUUCAGUAGUUGUGAACUACUCUGGCCUUUCAUGUUUUUAUGUCUAGGCAGGUGUGUGUUUGGUACAGGAGUGAGAAAUACAGGUCAUUCUAUUGUAUGGUUGAUGUGUCUCCACAAAACAGGGCACCAGGUUUCCCUCACAACACUUAGCAUAUUCUGUCAUUGUCCUAAAUUAAACAUCAUUCCAUGAAUUUCCAAAUAUAAGAACAGGACACAACAUUCCAAAACAUGGAGUGGCUAUUUUGUUCCAAAAAGGUUUUUUUAAAGAGAGGUGGUAUUUUUUUUUUUCUCCCUCAACAGCAUGAUAAAUUCCACAGAGUGCUUCAUUUAAAGGUUAUUACUGCACAUGCCAAGUAUAGCCUUUACAAGUUGCAUUUCUGGACAAUGGAUGUGCGCUGACUUACUAAUCAACAGCAGUAGUAAACACUGUAUGUCCACUUAUAUAAAAUAAUGUAAAUGCAGCAAACUAUUUUUUGUGUGUCAUGUACACAAAUGUUACAUAAAUGUAUAUGAUCUAUAAUUUGUAAUCUAUUCUUUUUGUAUAGAGAGUAUACAUUUUCAGAUAUGUCAUAUGAUUAAAUGUAAUUUUGGACCGUUAAAAUAAUGCACCAUAGACCUUGGUCAUGUCCUUACCUGGCAUAAUGAUUUUUUCUAAAUUGACUUACAGCUCCUGCCAAAAACCCAUAUAUUAAUCACAAUGAAUUGUAUGUUGAGAUUUAGAGAGUCCCGUUCUUGUUAAUUGAAAAUGGUAAAUUGAGACUUGUAAUAAUUACUCUGAAAGGGGAAUACAUUUUUACUUUUCAUGACUACUCUAUAGUGAAAUUUUCAUUACAAAUACUUGUGUUCAAAUGUUAACUUUUUGUGUAAUAGUUGUUUUCUGGCCAGUUAUUAGCCACAACUGUUACUUGGGACUGCUGUUACUAUUGAAUUUGUCAUACUGGUUGUCAUUGAUCCUGUGUUGAGCUGUUCUAGCAGUCAGGCCUGACAGUUAACAUUUUCUCUCCUCAGUGUUAAUGACAUUUCAACAUUUUGGACCCAAAUAAUUUUUUAAUAUCUUUUCAAGACCUGGUAACCACAACUGACAUAUAUAUAUAUAUAUAUAUAUAUAUAUAUAUAUUUAUCUUAAUUUUCCAUGAUGGAUUACUAAUAUAGUUAAAAGUGGUCAACUGAAGAAAUAAACUGUAGCCAACAGUCUGGUGUCCAUAAACCUGGGAAAAUGAAACGGGUCUUUAUCCAGUCAAUACUUCUACUCUUGCCUCCUGUUUUGGUGUAGUACAACUAUCAAGACUGAUACUACAGUGCUACACUCCUGGACUUAAUGUACAGACAAGGUGAUACAGGAUGUUAAAAAAAAUGAGGAUGAUAAACUUACUAUCAGAAACCA